AAGUUAUUUUACUCUAGAAAAAUAAAAUUUGUUAUUUAGUUAAAAAGAUCAAGUCAGCUAUGGCAGAUGUACCAGAUAAUGCUCCUGAAAGUUGUCCUGGUACUGAGAGUGCUUCAGCUGGAAAAACAACAGCCUGUCAAGGUUGUCCUAACCAAAGUAUUUGUUCUUCUGGCCAGGCAAAACUACCUGAUCCAGGCAUACAGGAAGUAAGAUGGCGACUGGCAUCAGUUAAACAUAUAAUUGUUAUACUCUCAGGUAAAGGUGGUGUUGGAAAAAGUACUUUUACAUCUACUUUUGCCCGAGGGUUAGCUUUAGAUGAAAAAAAACAAGUUGCAGUUUUAGAUGUGGACAUUUGUGGACCAUCUAUUCCAGGAAUAUUUGGGGUUCAGGAUGAGCAGGUUCAUCAAAGUGGAUCCGGUUGGUCACCUGUGUUUGUGGAGGAUAAUUUAUCAGUAAUGUCUAUUGGUUUUCUUCUUCAAUCAGUGGAUGAGGCUGUCAUAUGGCGAGGACCAAGAAAAAAUGGAAUUAUCAAACAGUUCUUAAAAGAUGUUGAUUGGGGUGAUAUUGAUUACUUAAUAAUUGAUACACCUCCUGGUACUUCAGAUGAACAUUUGUCACUGGUUCAAUAUCUUAGUCAAGCUAACCUUGAUGGUGCUGUUAUCAUUACUACACCACAGGAGGUUUCAAUAUUAGAUGUGCGAAAAGAAAUUAACUUUUGCUCUAAAGUGAAGUUACCAAUACUUGGAGUUGUAGAAAAUAUGAGUGGGUUUGUGUGUCCAAAAUGUCAGACUGAGUCACAAAUAUUCCCUCCCACAACAGGUGGAGGAGAAGCUCUAGCAAAUGAAUUAGGACUACAGUUUCUUGGGCGGCUUCCACUUGAUCCAAGAAUAGGUCAAUGCUGUGAUGAAGGCAAAUCUUUUUUAAAUCAAUAUCCAGAGAGUCCAGCUGCUCAAGCAUAUCACCAAGUUAUCAAAAAGGUUAUUGAUCAAUGUGAUAAAAGUGUUUAGAAGUAAAUGUUUAAAAAAAGAAUUGAUGAAAGUUGUUGAGCAAAGAUGAGAUAAAGGUUACUGAGAGUAUUAAAAACUUCUAGAACUAACUCGAAAUAAUUGAAGUUACUAGAAGUGAAAAAAAAAGCAAACAGUAAUGAUAUAAAAACUAUUUGUGUGAAAUUUUGCAAACAUGCAUUUUCUUUUUCUUUUGUAUGUUAACAUUUUGUGAAAAUACUUUAGUUUUCUAUUUUA